UUUUUUUUUUUUUUUUUUUUUUUUUUUUCUGAAUUUCAAAUGUAACAGUUGCAUAAGUUCUCAUUGUGCAAUGUGAGUACUUUUGUUGUUUGCACAGCAAAACAAAUGUACAAAAGAUGUCGGCUAUGUUUGCUACAACAUUCACUGACCGUGCAUACUGUACAAAGACACGCUUACACCUAAAUAUACACACAUGCGUGAAUUAAAAGUAAACCGAAGUCUGUGCAGGCGAGGUAGGAAACAAAGGAAUCACAAGACUGGAGGGCCUUUAUUUCUAACGGAGUAUUUUAGUGGUUUUGCUACUGUUACGACAGUAAAUGAUGUGAAAAUGUUCUCCAUCACUGGUAAUAUGUGCACACGUGCUGUGCAUAAUAGCCUCUACUGUUACAUGUGAUUGGAUCAAGAUUCAGUGAGUUCCCUAAACAGGUCAAAGUCUCUCUCUCUCCCCCCCCCCCCCUCACAUCACUUCACAGAAAAGUCAAUGUACGCUGGUGAGAUGCAGCCACCGUUGUUAUAAGGCCUGUGGCAGCCAGAGAAGAGACUCACCCGAGCACGAAGGCACGGAAAGGGGAGAAAGACAUCAAGAGGAUGAAGAAGUGCGUUGCUGCUUUUGUGGUGCUGAGUCUGCUCUCAGUGGGACUCUCUGCUCCUCUGAGCGGCUGUGACGGUCUGGUGAAACCCAUAACUGUCAGCAAUGAAUACAUGCUGGGCAGGUGGAUGUACAUUGGGGGGAGCUCUGACCUCCCAGGAAGCCGCUCCCUGGGCCACCUGAUGACCAGCGCCUGGCUGGACGUCACUACGACCGCCCAGAGCAACGUCCUCAAUCUACUCCAGACUCAGAGGAUAUAUGGCGAAUGUUCCAGCUUAACAUACAACGUGAACUUUGAAAACAGCACGAUCUUGAUCGAGCAACCGUUCUACCUCAAGGAAGUGUACCUGCCGACUGACUGCUCCCACUGUCUGGUUGCCUAUGAAGAAGUUGUCUCUGGCAAAGAUACUUUCACCAGCUUUCUGCUUUUUAGCAGGAAUCAGAGCGUCUCACCUGCUGUUGUGGAGACGUUCAGGAUGCAAGCAGAAUGUCUCCACAUGCCGUCGCCCAUAAUGAUAAACACGGACUACGAAAUCUGCCCAGACAACAUCUCGCCCUCAGAGGGGAUCAGCGCCCUCAACUCUUUGUUAGAGGCCAAGAUGGGACAUCGAGUGGCAAAACUCCUGGAUGCUUUUUUUGAUAUGUUUGUGAACUGAUUAGUUUUGUCAUUUUGCUACGAGAAAGUGUGGAAUUUUGUUCCCUGAUUUACAUAAACAAUAAAUAAAUAAAAAAGUGCAACUGCAUUGUUUUCUCGUUAUAUUUCAAAAAAACAAGACUUUUUAUUCCUAGUUUAUUUCACAAAUGCCCCUCAAGAAGAGGAAGGUGCAGGUCCUAGAUAUCCUCAGUUGCUCUAUGUAUGAGUAUAUCAUCUACGUAGACCUCUGUACCUUCAAGUCCCGUCAAGGUUUCAGACAUUUUGCUCUCCUUAUCCCAAAUGGGAGUC